ACAGGCACCUGGGAAAGACUACAGCUCUCAUGAUGCACGGCGAGUUUGGUAAACAUAGACCUGUCAAAACAGCAAAGUCUCCAUUUUGUCAGCAGCAGUCUUAAAAUGGCUGAAAAUGAAAGCGAGAGGCAGAGGCACGGAUAGGAUUUAAUCUUUAUUUAGUAAACAGUUUUAUUUUGUUUUUUUUCACUGCAAGCACUUUAUGGACCCGGCGCCGGUUUAAAUGGCCGAAAGAAGACCACAACAGCGGGAAGAUGGAUAUUAAAACUGCGUUUUUCAAUGCUGCCAGAGAUGGGAAGCUGAAACUUAUUCAGAAGUUAGUCAGCAACAAAAGUCUAGAGGAGUUGGAAGCCCUGGCCGGAGAAAAGACCCAAGGGGGCACCCCGCUUUUAAUAGCGUCCAGAAACGGGCACUUGGAGGUGGUGGAAUAUUUACUGCAGCACUGCAAGGCCAAUGUGGAGCUGGGAGGUUCUGUAAACUUUGAUGGGGAGACUAUAGAAGGGGCACCACCUCUGUGGGCUGCCUCAGCGGCUGGUCACCUCCAUGUCGUCCGCGGCUUGUUGAAAAACGGGGCGUCUGUCAACAACACCACCCUGACCAACUCGACCCCGCUGCGGGCUGCCUGCUUCGACGGGCACCUGGAGAUCGUCAGGUACCUGGUCGAGCACCGGGCUGACAUGGAGGUGGCCAACCGGCACGGCCACACCUGCCUGAUGAUCUCCUGCUACAAGGGCCACAAGGAGAUCGCCAAGUACCUGCUGGAGAAGGGGGCCGACGUGAACCGCAAGAGCGUGAAGGGUAACACCGCCCUCCACGACUGCGCCGAGUCCGGCAGCCUGGACAUCAUGAAGAUGCUGCUCAAGGGCAACGCCAGGAUGGAGAAGGACGGUUACAGGAUGACCCCCCUGCUGGCCGCCAGCGUCACGGGCCACACUAACAUCGUGGAGUAUCUGAUCCACCAGCCCAGGACCUCCAGAGAGGAGCGGAUCGACGCCCUGGAGCUGCUCGGGGCCACUUUCGUGGACAAGAAGAGGGACCUGCUGGGGGCCAUGAAGUACUGGAAGAGGGCCAUGGAGAUGAGGCACAGCGACAAAGGCAGUGUCGUUCACAAGCCCGAGCCGGGGCAGCUGGUGCUGGCGUAUGAUUACUCCAGGGAGGUGACGACCAGCGAAGAGCUGGAGUCUCUGAUCACAGACCCGGAUGAGAUGCGCAUGCAGGCCCUGCUGAUCCGGGAGCGCAUCCUGGGGCCCUCCCACCCGGACACCUCCUACUACAUCCGCUACCGAGGGGCCGUGUACGCAGACUCGGGGAACUUCGAGCGCUGCAUCAACCUCUGGAAGUACGCCCUGGACAUGCAGCAGAGCAACCUGGACCCGCUCAGCCCCAUGACGGCGAGCAGCUUCCUCUCCUUCGCCGAGCUCUUCUCCUUCGUCCUGCAGGACCGCGCCAAGGGCACCCUGGCCACCAAAGUGACCUUCAGCGACCUGAUGGGCAUCCUGUGCAAGAGCGUGCGGGAGGUGGAGCGGGCCGUCUGCCAGCGGGAGAACCCUCCGGAGGUGCCCCAGUUCACCAAGGCUCUCUCCAUCAUCCUGCACCUCAUCUUCCUGCUGGGCAAGGUGGACUGCAGCCCGGAGCAGGAACACCUCAAGAAGCAGACCAUCUACCGGCUCCUCAAGCUCAACCCCAGGGGAAGAAAUGGCUACACCCCCUUGCACCUGGCUGUGGAUAAGGAGACCACCACUGUGGGCCGCUACCCUGUGGGCAAGUUCCCCUCGCUGCAGGUGGCCCUGGUCCUUUUCGAGUGCGGCGCCGACGUGGACUCGCGGGAUUACGACAACAACACCCCUCUGCACGUGUCCGCCAUGAACGGCAGCCUCGAAAUCAUGAGCGUGCUCAUCGAGGCCGGCGCCCAUUUCGACGCCACCAACUCCCAGCGCAAGACCGCCUGCGACCUGCUGGAUGAGAAGGCCACUACCAAGAACUUGAUGCACCCCUUAAACCACGUCACCCUCCAGUGCCUUGCUGCCAGAGCCAUUGAAAAACACAAACUGCCUUACAAGGGUCUGAUCCCAGAAGAGAUGGAGGCCUUUAUUGAGCUGCAUUAACCUCUCGCUUGUGCUGCAGACGCCGCUGCAUUUUAGAAUUGUAGGGGUGCUGAGAAAUGUCUGAACUGUGUCUGCCUGAGGGGCUACAACUUUUAACUUUUUAUUUUUUUUUUGGUUUUGUUUUUAAACUGUUGGUGGCAUGGAGAGACGGGAGGUGGGCAUAUCGGCUAAGAGCCUGCAUGAGGCUCGACAAGAAAUUCAAGCAAACAGCUUCCGAUCUUCUUGUUGUUUUUUUUUUUUUUUUUUUUUUUUUAAUUAUUGAAAGCACUUUUAAGUUCUAGUACUUUGUUUUUCGUCUAAAAUACAGAAAUCGCUGGGCAACCGUCGAGUCUCUUGUUUAAACAUGUAAAUUAGAAAUAAGAUGCCUGAAUAAAAUUCGGUGAUUAUAAGAGAGGGCUGUUUUGUAUUUGUAAAAAAAAAAAAAAAAAAAAAAAGCACAGCAAACAGGAUUGCACUGGAUGUUUGGAGAGCAAUUAUUUCUGUAGCCUAACUUAGUGGUAGACCUGGGUUACAAUAGUGAUCUUUAUUUGACCCGGCUAGCAAGCACAAUGAAACCUGAAAGGUGUGUUCACCCCCAAUGCAAGUAAACCUGUGGGGACAAGUCUGGCUGCAGCACAAAAUGUGCACAGUAUCUUUACAGUUGCUCAUAGGCCUUUUAAUAGACUGGGUGAAACAGGAGUAUAAAGGUAAAAAUAAAUAUCAGCUCACGCCUGUGUUGCUGUUAGUAGCUGGCGGGUCAUUUGAUUCUAGACUGGCAGGCUCCGUUUUCCACUCAAAUCGAUUAAUCGAGAGGUUUCAGUUAUGCUGCAUUGAACAAACGUGGAGUUCAAUGUAUAAAUAAAUCUGCUCCAGUUGUAUUCAGUGUGUCUCUCUUUUCUUAGAAACCCACUUAGACAAGGUUACUGUAGCCAGGUACAUGGUAUGUCCUUAAAGGUGUGCUCUGUACGGUUUUUAAAAUCUUUUACUGGCUCCGUUUUCACUACCCCCUUUCAUCUCUGAACUUUUCUAAUAGUCUUCACCUUUCUCCUUGUUGCUCUGGUAAAGCUGAUAAUAUGGAAUGGGUGAGUAGCUCUUAAUUAAACAUUCCCUCUGUGAAGCUGAGGGCACAUGAAGCUGCUCUGUGGUUUGGAACUUGGUUUCAGGAGACUGGGUUUCAGGCCACCAGGGAAGACUUGGGGUUUGAUACAGCAACGUUGUCUCAAACUAGGUCUCCUGGACCCAGGUCACAAGCCACUGUACCUGAAAAAGUGGUGUUCCCUCAGAUUUAAGGGUCACUGUCGUUUGGGGGGCACUGAGGAGCAGCAUGGAGGAGGAUAGGGCUGCUCUGUAGUGUUUUAGAAACAAACUAAAAGUUGUGCUUAAAAGGGGGGAAGGAAAAAGGUUUUAAUUCGGGGCAUGCAAUCGUAGCUAUAGCCACACAGAUAGGUGUUGGAUGCAAGCCAGGGUGAUUUCCUCAGUGCAGAAAAAUGCUUCAAUUAAAUCUGUCCGAGGCUUAGCCUGGCGGGUCAACAGCUAUAACAAUUGUAAUAAUAAUAAUAAUAAUAAUAAUAUAAUAUUUAAUUUUGUACAAAUAAAUGCAGUGUCUUGUGCCUUCAGUGUGAAGUAGACAGUAUUGUAAAAUGUGCACAUUCAGCAGCAUUAGUGUCAAUGAAUAUAGACUUUUGGGGUUCAUUUGAUGAACUGUACCCUGCCAAGUCACAGCUGGAUUGUAGAGCAUUUUACAGUACCGUGAUAGGUGGUUGAUGCAGUCCAGGGUGCUUCCCAUGGUGCUGUUAAAUGCUCUAAUAAAAUCUGUUGCUUAUCCCGGUGGCGUGCAGUUUGAGCCGAUCCGUCUAUAAGACAGUUGAAGGGUGUCUGAUAAAUGUCGUUGUACAUCCAGGGGUGCUUCAGAAUGGCCAUCUCCUCUUUGCAGAGUCGCGAGGAACAGAAACUGCUUUAGGGAAACUCCUUUUGCAAACAGUAAUGCCACCUCUCAAAUCUGUGGCCCCUCGGAGGUAGUAACAGUCUUUUUUGAUCCAGUCAUAAAUAUUGAUUUCAAACCUGCAUUGCUUUCCAGUGUGAUUUACCGUGCUGUGAUACACUACAGUGAACCAAGAAAUAUACAACUCAAACUUGCUAGCACGGGGGGGGGGGGGGGGUAAUGCUCUGUGGCCACUUGUGUAUAUUGUGAGAAUUAUUCUGUGUUUAAAAUGAAAUUGCAUAUUAUCUGUAUUUAAUUAAAAUUACUUUUCGGUUUAUUUAACCCAAUAUGCAAAUGUUAACCUUGCAAAUGGUGCAUGCUGUAGUAAAAUAAAAUGCAAGUAAACAACAAAAUAGAAUAUUAUCUGAAAUAUAGGAUUAAAAGGGAUUACGGUCUGAUAUGAAAGCCCUCUGACGGCUUUGAAAUGAACAUUAUUUGUGUUUUGUGUUUUUUUUAAUUUAGUGAAUUUCCAGCUACAGAACACAUUUUUGCAGGUUGAGAUUGGUACGAAAAUGCCUUUUCGGAGCUAAGCAAACCCUCUACUUCCAGAAAACACAAAGGCAGUUUCAGAUACUGGCAUACGCCUGCAUGCUAUAGAGUGCAGUCAUGUCUGGAAACAAGUGGUGUGACAUUUGUGGCUAAUUGCUACUAAUGCAUCAUGUCUUAUAUGCAGAGCAGGACGUGUGAGUACUUAACCACCCAGGUUCAAUGAAGGACUGAGAGGUAUUGUGAUCGAUCCAUCCAGAGCAAUUUUAACACAAACCUGUGCCGUCCUGGGUGCCUGUUAUUGACCGGUGUUUCUAAUGCUUUGUUGCAUGUAGUUUAGCAUGCUGGAGGAUUUUAGCAUUGCAGCAGAUCUGGUAUUAAUGUCAUGUAUUAUAAUGUACUGUACAGAAUCCAAGCUUAUAUUCUGCAAGAUAACACCAAAGUCAUGAUCCGGUGAAGAUCACAACAUGCAGAUCCCAAGCCCAUUCGUGUGGGAGUCCUAAUGGAUUUGAUAUGAUGUGAAAUAAGAUGAAAUGAUUAUUAAUGAUGGGACUGUUUUGUAAUAAGAGAAUGUGGAGCAUGUUUUAAUACCAACGAUAAACAAAUUGCAUUGACAUCUCAUUGAAGGACCACAUGCCAGACUGCUGUACAAGUAGCUGCUGAGUACCAUAUAAUUGGGUACUUGGGUACAUGCUGUUUUCUGUGCUAAUGCAGCUGCUAUUUUAGUUUUAUCUAUGUGUCUCAUACUGACGUGGCUAAGAUAACGUUUUCAUGUUCUACAAGAGAAUUCUUUGACAAGCCUGUUUGCAAAAAAACAGUGUCUCGGUAUAGGUCAUGGCGUAUUUAUGAUACAGACACAUAUAAUGCUGUUCAUAUCAUUGGCAGAGAUACAGGACUUCAUGUUACAGCUGUAACUUUAAAAACUGAAGCAUAAGAUCUUGAGCAGUAAUAAAGAGAAACUAGUUCAAAUUUUAUCAUUUCUUUUCAAGUCCUGGUACUACUAAAAAGGUUACUGGUUGCCUGGAUCUGAAUAGAAAAGUGUCUUAAAUUUUAACAGGUUGAUUCGUGCUAGACUGUUGGCUGGUUUCACAGAUCUCAAUUUGCACUAGGCUUGGACUACCUUAGCUACGGGUGGUUUCACAAACUGUGAUUAGCACAAGUCUUGGACUACCUAACGCUACCCUAACUGCUUGUUUCAGAGACCUCGAUUAGCACGAAUCUUGGACUACCUAAUGUAACCUUGGGUAAGGUAUUUCCGAAUACGUGCUAAUCAGGGUCUGUGAAUCCAGCCAUACUGUUAGGUACUCCAAGGUUAGAGCUAAUCGGGGUCUGUGAAACCAGCUCAGGAUGAAUGCGGGAGAACCCGGAUCAGAUGGGAUCGCCGGUCAAUCCAUGCUCAUGGAAACGAGGUAUAACUGUAGGCUGUCCAACACGGGUGCUAAUUCCCGGCUGGGAAUGUUUUACAGAUCAGGUCAAAUAGAGCGCUGGCCCCAAAUCAUAUGCACAGUAUCUGUAACUUGACACAUACAGAAUGUUGUAAUGAGCUACUGUCAUUCAUCAAUAUGCAAUGUAUCAUUUCACCUUUGCUCAAAUGAUGCUGUUUCCCACCUGGGACUUGAGUGUACUGUAGCCCAAUCAGUGGCAUUAGGAAAUAUCAACACUGUUUGAAUAAUUUAAUAAAUUUAUUUGAUAGCAA